CUUCACUGUGUUUAUAUAAAGUCUAUUUUCCAAUGUCGUUGUUCUCCACGUGGGCUGUCCAACUGUGUGCGCAAAUGUCGGAGUCAUGCCGCACUCGCUCCAGAAAACUAAGACUACUGUACGGUAUUUUGUUGAAGGUCGUUUUCAAGUCGUUUAUUGUCUGUUCGGGGAGCGUCUGAUUUCUAGAUAGAAUCCAAGCCAAGGCUCCAUACAAGAGUGCGUGUUCUGAAUAAUCUGUUGCUACGACUUCGAUGGGUAUUCCAAUUCUCUCUGGAAAUAUAAGAAUUGAUAAAGUAUAACUAGGGCACUAAUCAGAAUAAUUUAUCUAAAUAUUUAUGAAAGGUGGUGUCCCGUCUGCUGCCUGGUCCACGUGGAUUUUUUUCUAGUAAACUUUUAUUUAGAUUUAAACAUCUAGUAGUUACAUGUUAUAAUGUUCUUAUUUUAUUUUGAAAACGCGUUUCUGUGGUGUCUUUGCUUCGUAUGCAUGAUGCUCAUAAUGUGACGUGAGUGUCUAAUAAAGCAUUAUAUUCGAAGAAAAGGCAUUAUCUUAUUACAUGCAAACCUACCUCAGGCUAUCUUUAUUAUUCGAAAAGCAUAUUUUCAGUUUAAUCUCAAAAUCUGUCCUUGUUAUUGCUUCAGAGGUUUGAAUAUGGUCCAAUAAGCUCAAUUCAAUUAAAUACUCGAUUAUAUGUAUAGUUCUUUAUUCUAAAAGUUGCUUAACAACGUGGAAUUACUAUUAGUAAUAACACGCACCGACAACAAUAUUUCUACAGCGUUAGUAAAAUCUUUAGAUUACAAAUAGCGACCUUCUUCGGUUUGCUUCCUUGGCGCAAUAGCUGAUUUUGAAUUGUCCUAUUAUUUUUAUUUAAUAAAAAUUAUAAAUCUUAGUAAUUGUUAUUAAACACUAAGUGUAAAUACUCGUAUAUAAAAACGAUUGUAAAAUGAGUGAAAUUACUUAAAAACAACCAGUGAUCGUUACUGACUUUGUUGUGAGCCAUUGUCAUCAGUUUCCAAGAUAUUUUCAUGAUUUCAGUAAGUUAUUUUUACAAGUUAGAUUCUUAUAUGCCUUGGCUAUUACUUUUUCUAUAUCAGUAAAGUGUGUAAAGCAUGAAAUAGUUAAAAACUUUUGCAAUACUUUUUUUGAUCAUAUUCUUGAAUUUGAAAUUUGAAUUAUAUUGAAACUCCACCACUAUGAAUUUAGAGAUGCCGAUCUGGAUCUUAUUGCAUCAUAACUGAGGCAUAUGAUUCAGAGGGUUGACAUUAAUAGAAAUAAGCCUCCGGGUUCACCGGUUAAGAUGGGUGUUCCGCAGGGCUCAAUCCUUGGUUCUUUCUUAUUUUUAAUUUAUAUUAAUGACUUACCUUAUUAUAUAAGAGAUAACCAUGAGAUAGAAUUUUUCGCGGAUUGACGAAAACAGACAUUGACGACGUGAACAGUUGUAUCUCUAAAGGUAGUCCACUGGUUCAAUGUUAAUAAUGUAUUACUUAAUGAAGGAAAAACGAAAUCUAUGAAAUUUGUAUUACCUAUAGAGUUAUAGAACGAAGAACAAACCAUACCAAUAAUAUUGUCUUGCAUCUGGAACACAGCUUCGUCACCGGGAUUGUAACUGCUAUUCACUUGCAAUACGAACUGUACUCCUUCCCUAAUGAAUACAUGUUCGAUCUCGAUUCUUCUGCCGCAAGCCUCGAACCGCUUGUGGGAACACUGGCCGUCUUCAUACCAUGUGGGAUACCGUUCUAUGACGUACCAGCUACCAAGAAACUGAAAGAGGGUUUUGUAAUAUUGUAAUCAUUAUCACAACCUAUUAAUGCCCCCACUGCUGGGAUACCUGCUUUCCCUUUGGAUAGAAUAGGGGAUUGUGCCGUGACGUGAUGUGGGCCCAGUGCUAGCAAGAUCUAGCAAUAAAGUCGGAUAGUGUAACUUUUGCGUAAAUGAAAAUAUUAGGCUGGAUUUGCUCUUUAAGUAUGGUUGAAGAAACAAGCAAAAUUCUUUUGCCAGUUUCUGAUAAAGUUACAGAUAGUAAUCUUAUUUCUGCACCGUAAGAUGGUGAUCUAACUACGAUAAUCGUCGCUUAUAAUAUGCUGCUUAAACUGCAACAUAUUACUUGCUUGAAUUUUAUCUUCCAUACUAUUAUAGAAUAAAUUUUAGUUCAAAUACUCACUCUUUCUAUGUCGAAAAAGUUCACUGUCUCCACUAUCGGACACGGUCCAAAAUUAAGCAUUUGACAAUUGACAUGAUUUAUUAUUGCUAUUAUUGUUACAUAGAAAACUAUUAAAGUUAGUCCCAUUGUCACAGCUUCACCAGAUGUUAUCUUUGCACAAACUAAGCUAUCGAGAUAUUCUUUAUCCGCUUCUAAAAUGAGAUAACUGGAUAACAUUGAACUAUGUAGUAUGAUGGCUUCAUUUAUUUAUAUCUUUCAAAAUAUAUUUUGUUCGUGCGUACGAUAAGUAUGUCUCGUCUGUCUUUAUUUCGAAGUCAUCAUUUUGUCUUACUUCGCUUUUGCCUGCGUAAUGUAGAUACCUAGAUAUUACAAAACUUUGUGUCAAAGUUUGUAUGGGACAUCAUCCGAAAGUGCAUAGGAUUGAUUAAAAUUUUGCACACCUACUCUGUAUAAAAUAAAAAUGGUAUGUGUGUUUUCAUUUUCUAAAGCAACCCUCAUAAAAAAGAUAGUGUGUUGAAGUGUUAAAUAAUGCGUUAACGCACGCCUACACUUUUGGUCGUAGAGACAUGAUAUUUAGUAAAUAGGUUGUUUAAAUGACGUAGGCAUCAAGCGAGAAAGGACGCGCGGAUCCACGACACGGAUUGCAUUGAGCCCGUGUGGUGGGUGAUGACUCAUUCUCUGAAAGUGAAAAGUUAAGGUAUCCAGCGGGACUGCUGAUGAUGACUUAUAUUAUAGAAUUUAAACUAUAAGAAGUUGAACCUUUGAUCAUCCAUCUGGACGGCAAAUGGUACAUCGCGGCGGUGGCCUCAGACCUCCACGUGCAGGCGGACUGCGCCAUGCUCAUGUUUAACCACAUGAACUCGACAGACGUAUCCAUCAGCUGGGUCUCGAACAACUCUAUAUCAUACUAUAACGGAUCCGUGUCCAUCAUUGUGGAUCCGAACAGUAACAGCACGACAGUGGGAGACUUGCUCCAAGUCACUUAUACGGAUCAGAAAUCAGAAAGUUAUUCGUUUCUAGAUGUGGAUUACGAGCAUUAUGCCGCGCUGUUUUCCUGUUACGAUAGUGAAGACGGAAACAGUAGUAACUAUGAAAUAUGGAAGUUGACUCGGACACCACAUUUAAAGGAGAGCGACGCUGCGAAGCUAGACCAAGCUAUAGCCAACUACAGCUUACAAACCACUAGGUUCAAGACCUUCAACAACACUGAAGAUACCUGCAGCAUCAACAGAGGCUUCCAUGUGGACCCGUCGAUGAUGCUGACUUCAGCUGCUGCCUUGACCAUGUUUAGGUUAUUCUACUGAUAAGAUAAAAGCGGUAGCACGUACUUUCCGAUGGAAUGAGGGCUAUCGCGUAUGAAUCCGUCGCUAGAGGCGCUUGUUUAGCGUGAGAUCUCCGAAAUGUCAAAUGUUAUUGCUUGUGGGUUGACUAGGCGGGUUUAUUUCUAAUUAAAAUAAUGUUGUAAAUAUUUGGUAAUAACUCAGAUUAAUUAUGGCAACUUCGCGAUAUCUUCUUGUAAGAAAUACUUCAAUGCCUGAAGACCAAGGUCUACGAACAGUGCGUGUUACUAGUGAUGAUAUACGGAACUGAGACAUGGCCGUUGGCAAUGGGCAUCAUAAGAAGGUUUGGAGUCAAACAGCGAGCGAUGGAGAGAGCUAUGCUCGGUGUUUCUCUACGUGAUCGAAUCAGAAAUGAGGAAAUCCGUAGAAGAACUCGAGUAACCGACAUAGCUAAACGGAUCGCCAUACUGAAGUGGCAAUGGGCGGGGCACAUUUUUUGGCGAACCGAUGAACGUUGGGGUCUUAAGGUGCUCAAUGGUGACCUCGCACCGGGAAACACAGUGUCGGUAGACCCCUUACCAGGUGGACUGACGAUAUCAAGCGAGUCGGGGAGACCCACUGGAUGCGGAAAGCUCAGGGUUGUUGUGUUUGGAGAUCCUUAGAAGAGGCCUAUGUACAGCAGUGGACGUCCAUCGGCUGAUUAUGAUGAUAUGAGGAAUUAUGGCAAAUACUUGUCAAAUAUGAGUAACCUGUCAAUGAAUGUCAAUUAUUUAAAAACGGGGCAGAGAAAAAUUAUUCUGUCCUCCUUUUUUCCGAAUAAAACGGAACUGCACAACACUGUGGCAUGGCCGAUUAUGUUUACGAUACGGCCCAUUUGUAUUAAAAUAUGAUUUAAAUGUAAACUUUGAUUUCACGCGCCUAUUAACAAACUUUAAAAGCUACUUCAGGACCUCACUCAACAGUGGCACCAUCUGGUGAUACAAAAAAUGGUAGUCCUCAUUGGGGCGCUUGUCUGGGGAUGUUAUCUCCCCCUUACAGAAUACCACAGAAGAAUAGCACUACUUUUUGAUAGCGUUGUGUUUCUGACGGUGAGAAUGGUUCCAGGACUCCAAGACGUCCGAGAAGCUGCUGGGUGCGGAGCCGUGGUAGAAUCCCUAAUGGGGACCCCGCAGCUUCGCAUUAAGUAGUGUAGAAGGUAUUCGCAGGACUUUCUUAGCGGAUAUUAUGCCGUAAAGCGCCCGUACGAGUUGCAGGGUCCUCGGUGGGCAGCCACUGGGGGGUCCGUAAGACUUGCGAGAGCCAGGUGUGAGGUCCGUUCGGAGGUGUGGCUCUUGAAGGCGCCGUCGUCUGUAAAAAGAUUUUUUGCCUGCGUUAUAAAAAAAGGGCUCCAAGACGUGGUGGAUUCGGUCAGGGUAGACGAAGGUGCGAGUGUUAUUUUUUGUAUCGCAGGGAUCUAUAGGCUGAAGUGGCCGCUUAUCAUCAGGCAGGAAAAAUGCUUGUUUGUCACAUAAAAAAAAUACUUUUGAUGAUUAAGAGGGGAAGGCGGGCAAUAUUUUUUCCAUACAAACGUUCUCGACUGAUUCCUCUUCCAUUUUUAUACCUUAAGAAUUAAAUUUCAUACAUAAAAUAUAAUUAUUCUUUGGGUAAAAUUUAUUUUACAUAUAUCUCAUUUUCGAGGAGGAAAUCGUCGAGAACCAAUCUUGAAUUUUGCAAUUUUUAUAAGCAAUUUUCAACAUUACCGCAAUGACAGUAAUAGUUUUUUCAAAUACCUAUUUCUCCAAUGUCUCUCAGCUCACGUCCGCUCUUUAGCAAAUCUUUAACCCUUGACAUUAUAUAGAUCCGACAUUGAUGCUCACAUUGGCUGCUGCUCUGACUAUGUAUGUGUAUAAUAUAAUAUAAUAUAUUUCCAACACUCGCACCAAUUAGCCUAGCCCCAAAGUAAGCACUGUAAGGCUUGUGUUAUGGGAUGCUAGGGUAAUAAUAAUAGAAUACAUAUACUGUACAUAUAUAAGUAUAUUUAUAUAGAAAUACGUAUUAAAGAUCUAUGACUGGAGUACAAAUGCUCGUAUUUAUCACACAAACAUCUGCCCCCACCGGGAUUCGAACCCAGGACCUCUCGAGUCGGAGACACCAUGAAACCCGGCGUACAAACCACUCGGCCACGGAGGUCGUUGUUUUAGGUUAGUUUUAUUGAUGAAGACCAUUCAAGUCUUCGUAAAUGGAAUAUAUUUUCGGCUGUGUUUAAGCUUAAGUAUUCUGGUGAAGUGUCAACCUGAAAUGAUACCGGUUGUACACAUCAAUUUACAAUUAAUUAUUCUAGUUGUUAAGUACCUACUUAUUUCGAUAUGCACUGUUAUCAAGCGUGAUGUUUUAAUUUACUUAUAAAUGUCACUACGUUUAUGAGAAAAAACAUCUGAGUGAUCAAAUAUUACUUAUUUUAUUACCUAUUUCGAAUGCAUAAAUUUAAAGUGCGUAUUACUGAAACUGCAAAAGGCGCUAUUAUGUAAGAAAAAAAAUUGUGUGUGUCAGCUCCGACGCACGACUGGAGUUUACUCCUUAAGUUCGAUAGUCUAACCAGACGCAAAAAGAGUUUAUUUAACUUAAAUUAAAAAAAGAUUGAUACUGUAUGAAAGGGUAAAUUAACAAAUUGAUGAAAAUAAUAUACAUAUAUAAAUAUAUUAUAUUUAUUCAUUUCAUAUACAUUUAUUAUAACUAAUCGACGAAAUAUUUUACAUUAAACUUUUUACAAUAGUCAAUUUCAGAUGUGCAUAAAUAUAUCAUUAGGAAUGUUGAUAAAUUAUGUUAUUAUUAUUAUCAGACUAUCAUCAUUUUUUUAAAUAUUAAUUAAAUCAACAUUGUCUGCAUUAUUAAUUACAGUGACAAGUGGUUUAUAGUAACUAAAAUAAGACACAUGGACGUUCGUAGAUACGUGGUUCACGAAUCUUGAAAAUACCGCAUCAAUGGUUGUACCAUACCUCGUUGUCCCCAUUGCUCUAUCAGAAAGAAUAUCUAAAUUCAGUUCAGAUUUUAAAAAUUUUAUUAAUGUCAAUCCGUCAUCUUUGUUUGUCAAAGUUGCGCGACAUAGGAUGCGCACCAAAAACGUAACGAGGUCAUUCAUCGAUAGAUUUUACUCCUCACAUUUUUCUCAUAACGGGCCUCUUACAUAUGCAAAUCGAUUCUUAAGGAGUAAACUCCAAAAAACUCACUUUUCACAUCGGAAUCUAAGGUGAGAUUUUAAUAAUAACACCAAUUUUAAAUAAAUUCCUGAACCGGCGAAUUUCGCGGUGAAAAGUGAGUUUGUUCAUACGGAAUAGUGCUGCAGGAAUGAAUUCGCCACUAUUUCAGCACGGACCUUUAGCUUUUCUUAUAUUAACAUAUCCGAGCCAAAAGUUUACUGCAUUCAGUUAUUAUUUAAGUUUGCCUAUGUAGCGUCCAGAUAUAAAUAUACUAGAUAAGAAUACUAGAUAACAUAUUUGAUAACACGCACAUCACUCAUUAAAUAAAACUAGUUUUAACGGGUUAAUGCACGAACUUUAUUUAUUUAUUAACGUUUCGCAGCCUUUUCAGGUCUGCAUCGUCAGAAUAAUGAUUUUUUAUUUACUUUGUCGAGAUACCUUCGAAAGACUUUUAUUGAGCGUUCGGAUAUUUCAUUGGAUUUUUUUUUAAAUUUUAUUGUCUAUGUAUGAAUUUAUUAGUUAAUAAAGUAUAAUAGUAUACUAUAAAAGUAAAAGUAUACUAUAUUUAAAAUUCUUUUUUGUAAUUUUGAGUUUAUUUAUUUGACCCUAGCUAAAACGCGAAACGUCAAUAAAUGAAUGAAGUUCGUGCAUUAACUCGUUAAAACUAGUUUUAUUUAAGAAAACUAGAUUUAAAAACUACUUCACCCUACCUUGCCUUCCUGCAAAAUGCUUCUUUACGCCUCUUAUAUACUCGUAGGUUGUAGGAAGGAACUGACAUAGUUUAAUACUGAUUUGAUGUUAAUCAAUGUGCGUUAUAUUAUGGAAUUUCAUACUGCAACUGCUCUGGUUGAAGCAGUGAUAAGUCAUUCACGUACUAUUAAGUUAAUAAAGUUCCUUGCUAAGUAAGUAAAUAAUAUUAUGAGUAUAGGAAAUUAAGUUUUAAGUUUAUUUAAUAAUAAAUAAUCUAUUGGUUGUAUAUAAUAUAAUAAGGAGGAUGGCUCGCUUUUUUGAAAUGAAACUUCUUUACGCAUGCUUGACUUAAGCUAGCGAAUGCGUUACGCGUUACGAAAAGUGCGAUCGAGCGAGGAAAACGGGAGUUGAGUGGGGGAAAUAAGCAAGAGAAAGCAGUUCGCGCGGACAUUUUCUUUCUGUCUAUCUCUUAUAUUUAGUAAAUGAAAUAUUUAUAUGUACAUACGUAUAUAUAGUGUACACACACAUAUAUACAUACGGAUGGAGCUAAAGAAGUUUCACUUCACUAGAGUGGUCGCUCGUUUUUUUUUCUUUGUCUAUCAAGUAGACUGUCAAAGAGGUUUGGACAAGUAUUUUUUCUUUUUUUAACCCUAAUUUCAUAUAUACAAUAAAUGACAAAUCAUUAAAAAAUAUAGAAUAGCAAUAAUAAUAAGGGUUAACCAGGACCCUGGUGCGACGAUGGUCGCAUCAGCGCUGAUGUUCUGAUAGGGCCUGAUAGGAGUGAUGGCAGAAAUACACUGCUGCUGUCAAACAUUAAAAAGAUGAUAAUGAUUGUCGCGCGACACGUGACAUGCCAUCAAGUCUUGGUACAAUUUUUACUUAGAAAUGACGACACUUUUGAUCGACUAAAUAGAAAAUAAUUGUCCAAUUUUCGUUUGAUAAUCUAACUGUUGGAUUAAAUAGAAAUUCACUUAUUUUAUCCCGUCAUUAUACCUAUGCUCAUGUUGUUCCUUUGUUAGAAAACAGACUUCUUAGUUUUUUUUAUGCUGCGGUAGACAAUGUUUAGCUACCUCAAGUUAUAUUAUUAUUAUAAGCUUAUUGUUACUGGAUUUAAAUUUACGCCACUUACGCCCCAUGUGCUCUCAACCAAUUUGAUUCCUGACAUUAAGUUAGAUUUUCUCUUACAUGAUUGUUAUCCCUACAAAGUUGUUAUUUUCUAAUCAAUACUAUAUGAUACGAUAGAUUUUCAUCCUCCCUGUGACAUAUUGUUGACUAUUAAUAUUAUGAGUUUUGGCCAUAGACUAAGGAUACCCGUAUUAGUUUUCUGAAGUGUUUUUAAUUUUGAGAAUACGAAAAAGUUUCUAAAUUCAAACUAACUCGAUUUUCUUCUAAAAGACUUCUAAGUUCUUCAAAUAUCUAAUUGUAAAUACGCAUUCUCUUAAAAAGAAAACUUGUUUGUAUUGACAUUUGAGGAGCAUCUGUUCGAAAGGGGCUAUUUUCAUGCUAAGUGAAUGUUGAUAAAAUUAAAAAAAAAAACGUAUGCCGAUUUCAUGAUGUAUGGGAAGUGUAUUUUUUUUAUUGAGGUAAUUCUUGGGGAGGUCACUUAUUUUUAGGGUAAAUUUAUUUAUUAUUGUUAUUAAUAAAAAACACAAAAUCAAGUAAUUAAAAAUGGAAAUAGCACUUUUUGGUCGAAUAUUCGGAAAAUAGCAUCUUUUGAUCAGGAAUCUACCCUAUCUGUCGAUAGGCUUUCACAUUCGCAGCAAAGAAUUAAGAUUUUGUUAUAGGGUUUUAUUUAUUUAAAGUGAAAUAAUAAAUGUAUUAUAACAUUUUUAAGUAAGUAAAUUAAAUUAAUAAUCAGAUUUAACUAGUUUUAAGCAUUUGAGAUCUUCGUAGACCUAAGUGUAACUAUAAUAUUAUAAUGGCUGUAAUAAAAAUAACUUACUAAUUAUAAUGAAUCAGAUAUAACAUAAAAAUAAAUUAGUAAUUACUACGAGACAAUGUUUUACUUAUUAUUCUUACAGCGCCAUCUAGCGGAGUUUUCACGCAACCUGGACAUACUGCAUGCUUUGUUUUGCUCUGCUUUUGCUGAUUUGAGUUUUCCUGUGUAACUUGCAUGUAUUUGGUUCAUCAUUCGUUUGUCUU